AUGCGCCGCAUAGCUGAUGAUUGCAAUGCCAAGGUUCGUUUGCGGGGCAUUGGCAGCGGCUUUUUGGAAGGCUCCGACGGCAAGGAGGCUAACAUGCCCUUGCAGCUAAACGUGAGCUGCACGGAGUAUGCGGAUUACGCCGGAAAGCCCAGCAUGAGCACAGAAGUGUCCGCCGUCGAUCAGGCGCCAUACUCAGCCAACCAUGCUAUAAGCCAGUCUGUGGCGACACUUCUGAGAGAUCUGUACAAACACUACAGGCGGUAUGCCCGGUCCAAGGGCAUGGAGCCGCCAGAUGCUGGGAACCUACCUGCCCUCAGCAAGUGA